ACACAGCAGCCUGUGCAUCUCCCUCCUCAGUCUUCCACCCUCCACCUGUUCCCCUGAGACGUGACCAUUGUCCUCCAGCAAUAAGAUCCUCAAUGAGCAUGUGGCAGCUCCACGUUCCUCAUUGUCCCCUGCAGCUCAUCCAUUGGCUGCUGACUGUGAGAAACUCCAACAAGCCCAGGACUCACACAUUCAUAUGUAGAUCAGGGCCUAUAAAUAGGAGGCAUGAAGCAGCACUGAUCACACUCACGCUACACAGAGAGCUGCCCAUCUCAGAGAUACAGCCAUGGCACCGACAGUCACAGCAGCUGUGAUCUAUUCUCAGGAGCAUCUCACUCUGGACAACAAGCUGAGGAAGCCGAUGGUGGAGAAGAUGCGCAGAGAUCGCAUCAACAGCAGCAUCGAGCAGCUCAAGUCUCUCCUGAGCCAAGAGUUUCUCAGCCAGCAUCCCGACUCCAAGCUGGAGAAAGCCGACAUCCUGGAAAUGACAGUUAAUUUCCUGAGACGACAACGCCAUCACCAGCCAGAGAUCACCUCGUCCUGUUCAGCAGAUGAAAAUGAGGGCUUCUUCAGGUGUGUCCAAGAGAUUGUGCGUUUCCUGUCAAGGGCAGAUGUGACGACACAGUCCCAGACGAAACUCCUAAGACACUUUCAAAACAUGCAGCCAUUCUCUGAUAAAAGCAGGAAUGACUAUGUAUUGACUCAUCUGAGUUCACAAACUCAAUACACAACUAUCAAAAAGAAGACACCAGUCAACAGCGCCCUCUGGAGACCUUGGUGAACACAUGAACACUUGGAACUGAAACAAAACUGAACAUGUUGAUCUAUGAUGAACAGUUGUUCUGAAAAUGUAGGAAGUUGUUUCUUCCUCUUCUGCAUAUGCAGGAGAUUCUUUGUACUACUUUAUUUGAAUCAAAUAUUUAGUGUGCCAUUUUGGCAAUAUUGAAUUUAAAUACUGGCAAAGUUGUUAAUCUAGCCACUUUAAUGUAAAUGGUGUUUUAUCCCAUAAGAUGACUCAUCUAUAUGUUUCUGUUGUUCUGCAUCAUUCCACCAAUAAGAAUGGUCUUAUAAUUUUUCUUUGUGUUUUUUCAAGUAAUAUUGUAAUCUUUUUUAAAACGACCACCUCAGUCAUCAACCAGUUAUGUUUAUAUGAUUGCAAGAAUAUUUGUCUGUGUGUUUAUGCGAUUGCAUAUCUAUUCUGGCUAUGUUCAUAUGAGAAAGAUUUUAAUUAUUUCAAUUUGUUAAUUGUUUUCUUGAAUCUCAUGUG